GACACCCAAAUACCUCCGUGAACCGUUUUCAGCAAAGGGAGCUCCCAAGUCCCAACUACAUCAGGCAGCCCGAUAGACAUUCAAUUCAGACAUCAGAGUAGCCCAUUUUCUUUUCCUCUCUCUGUCUUGCCUCUUUCAAGCUUUUCUCCUUCCCCUUUCCCUUCUUUAAACCCUACAAAGCAACAAGUGUUUCUCCUCCAGAGUUUGAGAUCUGUUGCUGCCUGAAAACCAAUCUCAAACAUGGCCUAUUUCCUGAAGCAUCUCACUGAGGAGACAAUCGCACUCAAGAGACUGUUGAUUCCACCUGAGUUUGUUAGCAAAUGUGGGAGGUUAAAUUUGACCAACCCAGUAGUGGUGGAACCAACUAUUGGAAACCCACCAGAGGUGGAGGUUGAACUCUACGAGGAUGCGAGGGGGUUGUGGCUGAGGAAUGGCUGGCAGAAGUUUGCAGAUCACUAUUCUCUCACUCAUGGCCACUAUCUGCUGUUCGAGUACAAAAGCUUCUCCAGGUUCAAGAUUGUGAUACUUGGUGCAAAUGGGGUGGAUGUGAUGUGUCCAGCUUCCAGGUUCCACAAGGUGGGCUUGAAUGGAAACCAGGUGUUUUCAGAGGCUGAGCAGGAAGAAGAGAGCAGGGUCUCACCUGUGGCUAAGAACAUGGAGACCAAUGGAGGUGGUAAGAGGCAGCCAGUCCAGCCGCAGUCUGCAGAGAAAGCCAAGCAAAAAGCAUUCAUGAGUUCUGGGAAGGGGAGAACCGCUGAUGGUGGACAGAGGGGUAAUGGGAGUCAGUUCGGUAGGGGACGUGGACAUCUUGAAGGAAUACCAGAACCAAGGAAGGAAAAUGCCUCCACAAGCUCCACCAGUCCAAGCUUCUUCAUUACCAUGAGUCAAUGUUACACGGAGAGUAGAUUUGUAUAUGUGCCGAUUGAUUUCGUGCUCAAAGGUUUAUGGUGAAGAUGGGUCGGGCCCGUGGUUCUUGUCCUUCGUCUUUAGACCACACAGUAAAGCUCGAGCUGGACGUGGACGGGGCUGCUUCUAUGGCGGCUGGCCAGCAUUCCGCAAUGGCAACUCUCUGAAACCAGGGCAUGUCUGCCAAUUCAAGCUCAUCUCCAGUAAUGAGAUAGAAGUGACUAUUCAGAGGAAUUAAGUUAGUUUUUGAACCUCCUAGAAUGAAAGUUUGUGUUAUUUGUGGCCUUUUGUGUUUUAGGAGUGAUUGAUGCAGAUGAGAGUAUGAGACUACUAGUUUGCAGCUGAGGGAACUAAUGGAUAUAGUUUGUUCAGGGCCGUGCUAAGGCUUUGAGUUUCUGAAGUUUUUAUGAUGUUGUUUCUUAAUACAACUAUGCAAUCUGC